UUCCUUCAUCAAUUCAUAAGCAAAACAAAAGUGAGAAAAAUCUCCAUCUCUCUCUAGGCCUUCCACUAGAGAGAGAAUUUAUGUACCAGUGAGUGAGAAGAUUUAAGACGUUUUCUUCUUCGUUAUUUCUGAAAAAUCAGUAAUUACUUAACAAUGGAAGGAAAAAAAUUUGCAGUUCUGUUAUGUGCAGAGGAUUCAGAAUACGUGAAGAAGAAAUACGGUGGUUAUUUCGGGGUUUUUGUGAGAAUGCUGGCGGAGGAAGGGGAAACGUGGGACUUUUUCCGUGUGGCUCACGGUGAGUUUCCGACGGAUGAUGAGAUCGGAGAAUUUGAUGGAUUUGUGAUCACCGGAAGUUGCAAUGACGCGCAUGGUAAUGAUUUGUGGAUCUGCAAGUUAUUGAAUCUGCUUAAAAGAAUUCAUUCAAUGAAGAAGAAAGUUUUGGGUAUUUGCUUUGGACACCAGAUAUUAGGACGAUCAUUGGGCGGCACUAUAGAGAGAGCCACUAAUGGAUGGGACAUUGGCGUCACUACUGUUAAUUUAUCAACGUCCAAGCAAUUCAACGCUCUCAAAUUACCUAAAUUUUUGCAAGUUAUUGAAUGUCAUCGCGAUGAGAUCCGUGAGCUUCCACCAAAGGCUGAGGUGAUGGCAUGGUCCAACAAAACUGGAAUUGAGAUGUUUAGGUAUGGUGAUCACAUCAUGGGCAUUCAAGGGCACCCGGAGUACACCAAAGACAUUCUUCUCCAUCUCAUUGAUCGUCUUCUUCAACGCAACCUUAUUGAGGAGAGCAUUGCUGAUGUGGCUAAGGCGAAGGUUGAAGAGCGUGAGCCGGACAGGGAGCUAUGGAAAAAAUUAUGCAUCAGCUUUCUCAAGAGUAAAUUGUAAUGGAAUAUUUCUCAAUUUAUUAGAAGCUAUUGGAAUUGGUCAAAAGUGUAAAUAGGAGAUGGUGUUAGAUGAAAUUUUUAGGCUGUUUCUGAGUUUGGACUUAUUAGACAUCGUUUAGAUGUCAUUAUCAAGAACUUAAGAUUAAGCUUUAAUUAUUGAAAUUUAUAAGGUCAA